AUGGAAACUGAGGGAGGCGGCAACCAGACCCGGGUGACGGAGUUUGUCUUCCUCGGCUUCUCCGGGGUCCCCACGGGCCAGACCUUCCUCUUCCUGCUCUUCCUGGCCAUCUAUCUUGUCACUUUGGCAGGGAAUUCUGCAAUACUCGCUCUGAUCCAGACGGAUUCGCACCUUCGCAGCCCCAUGUACUUUUUCCUCAGCCAUUUGUCUUGCUUGGACCUUUGCUAUUCUUCCGUCACCCUCCCCAAGAUUUUGGUGAACCUCCUGCGCCAGAGGCACACCAUUUCCUACAACCAGUGCAUGGCCCAAAUGUUUUUCCUGAUGACCUGCGCCGGAUCCGAGUGUGCCCUGCUGGCCGUCAUGGCCUACGACCGCUAUGCGGCCAUCUGUGAACCCUUACGCUACACCCAGCUCAUGAGUAAGCCGGUGUGCGUCCUCCUGGCUACCGCGUCUUGGAUCUGGGGCCUUCUGGACUCAACCCUCCACACGGCACUGACCGCCAACCUGGCCUUCUGUGGGGCCAACCAGAUCCACCACAUCUUCUGUGACGUCCCGCCCCUCCUGAAAAUUGCCUGCAGCGACACCUACGUCAACGAGAUGGCCCUUCACGCCGCCAGCGUUUUUGUGGGUUUGAGUCCUUUCCUGCUCGUUGUCGUCUCUUACAUCUACAUCCUGUCCGCCAUAUUGCAAAUCCACUCCAGCACCGGCCGGCAAAAGGCCUUCUCCACCUGCGCUUCCCACAUGCUUGUGGUCGCCAUCUACUUUGGGAUGGCUAACGUGAACUACAACCGCCCCCGCGCGGGCUACUCCUUGGAAGUCGACACUCUCAUCUCCUCCUUGUUCUGCAUCGUCACCCCCAUGCUGAACCCCCUCAUCUACAGCCUGCGCAACCGAGAGGUGAAGGACGCCCUGAGGAAGAUGCUGGGGGGGCAGAAGAAGGAGCGUGUGUCCUCUCACAAGCCAACGUCCUCCUCACCCUCUCGUCCAGUGGACAACCACUUCCAAAAUCCUUUAGCCAAGCACAAAGGCCAUGCUGGGACAGAUAGUUAA